CAAAUAUCUGCAGAGAAGCAACUUUUAAUUACAUUAUGGUUUAUGGCUACUCCAGAUUCAUAUCGGUCUAUGUGCGUCAAGUUUGGUGUAGGAAAAGGUACUGCAUGGCGUGCUGUGAGGCGUGUAAUUCACGCUCUCAACUGUCUAGCGCCACGUUUCAUAAAAUGGCCAAGAGGAGAGGAAGCUACUCGCGUGAUCGAAGAGUUUGAAAGAGCAAAGAAUUUUCCAGGCGUUAUUGGGGCAAUUGAUGGUUCCUUUAUAAAGAUAAGAGCUCCUAAAAAAGAUGCAGCUUCUUAUGUCUGCAGGAAAAAUUUUCAUGCUAUUCACCUCCAAGCUGUAUGUGAUGCUCGAAGCCUAUUUACACAUUGCUAUGCUGGGCAUGUGGGUUCUGUGCAUGAUGCACGAGUUUUUAGGAAUUCUCCUAUAGCUGAUUUUAUUCAGAGGUCACAUGAAUAUUUUCCUGCAGAUUCUCAUCUUAUUGGCGAUGCAGCUUAUACACUUCAUUCGCAUGUUAUGGUACCAUUUCGAGAUAACGGACACCUAACUGCAAGGCAAAAAAAUUUCAAUUACUGCUUAUCGUCUACUCGCAUGGCCAUUGAAAAAGCUUUCGGGCUUUUAAAAAUGCGGUUUCGCAUUUUACUCGACUGUCUACCUCUCACUGAUGUGGCCAAAAUACCACAGUUUAUUAUUGCAUGCUCUGUAAUGCAUAAUAUCUGCAUACUGCAAAAUGAUAUUAUAGACGAUGUUGUAGUUUGUCCCAAUGAUGGGAAUGAUGUUCCUCAUGUCGUAGCAGCAGGUGCAGAUGUGGGUAAUCAAAAAAGGGUGAGAAUUAUGAAUGAGUUGAGAAUGAGACUUGGAAACGAAAAUAACUAGACAAAAAAAUAGUAUCAGUAACAUGCAGUGAAUGUAAAUACUGUAAAUAUUGUAAAUACUUUAGUGAGUAAAUAUUGUAAAUACUGUAAAUAUUUAGUGAAUACUGUAAAUGUUUAGUGAGUAAAUAUUGUAAAUACUGUAAAUAUUGUAAAUACUUUAGUGAGUAUAGUUUAGUUAGACUGUUGGAGCUGUCUUUGUAUAUUUUCAACUUUUCUUGUCUAACUUGUUUUUGCCUAUUUACC